GGGCGGAGCCGGAAGUGGGGCGUUGAGGGCUCCGCCUCCUCGUCCGUGAGCCGGCCGGCCGGCCCCCACGCUUCGGUUCCUAGUCCCCCAAAGUCACUGCCUGAUUCCGGGAGGCCGGAGUCCUUAGCUUGGGCGGGGUGGCGCGGGCCGGAAGGACGCCAUCCCGGCCUCGGCCAUGGAGGUUCCCGUACCGUCCCUCACGGAGGAGGACUUGACUGAAGUGAAGAAGGACGCUUUAGAGAAUUUACGUGUUUACCUGUGUGAGAAAAUCAUAGCUGAGAGACACUUUGAUCAUCUACGUGCAAAAAAAAUACUAAGUAGAGAAGACACGGAAGAAAUUUCUUGCCGAACUUCAAGUAGAAAAAGGGCCGGAAAGUUACUAGACUACUUACAGGAGAACCCCAGGGGCCUGGACACCCUUGUGGAAUCCAUCCGCAGGGAGAAAACACAGAACUUCCUGAUUCAGAAGAUAACGGAUGAAGUCCUAAAGCUUCGGAAUAUAAAACUGGAGCACCUCAAAGGCCUGAAGUGCAGCAGCUGUGAGCCCUUUGCAGCUGGAGCCACCAACAACCUUUCUAGGUCCAAUUCAGAUGAGAGCAAUUUCUCUGAAAAACAGAGAGCGUCCACUGCCAUGUACCAUCCAGAAGGAGAAUCCAGCACUGCUCCCUUCUUCUCCACCGAGUCAUCCCUGAACUUGCCAGUCCUGGAAGUUGGCAGAAUUGAGAACAGCAGUUUCUCUUCAGCCACGCUUCCUCGACCUGGGGACCCGGGGGCACCCCCUCUGCCCCCAGACCUGCGGUUGGAAGAGGGGGGAAGUUGUGGAAACUCAAGCGAGAUGUUUCUCCCCUUAAGAUCACGGGCUCUUUCACGCCAGUGAUGCAUCACGGCCUAGUUGUUUUUAUAGUGAUACAAAAUGGGGUGAAGGAUAUUGUCUUUUUAUAAAAACCAUAGUAACGGGUCACUCACAUUUGAGGCAUGUCUUAGAUCCCAGUGUACACAUUCUCUGUAAAUAGGAUUUGUUAGAGUAAAGAGGCACACUCUAGGGGCAGCUUGGUGUAAAUCAUGGUGGUUGUGUACUUUUCCAUAAUGUUCUUUCUUCUUUAUUAUUUUUAGGUGUUUUAGUAUUUUGAACUUUUUAUAAGACUAACUUUAUCGGAAUAUUUCUCACUCAAUUUGAGAAAACAUCUUGUGGACUAAGAAUAAUGUUUCUUAGCACAUUUAUGCUACAAAUUUUCAAUCUGAUUGUUUUUCCCAAUGAGCUGGCAGUACAUUUUAGCAGUAAGCUGUUCUGAUUUUCAGGAAAGGUGGACACUGAGAAAGCUGCCAACACACUUGGGAGAAUGUCCCACUCCUUGGUUCUGUGAAGCUGUCGGGUUCUAAGGAAACACCUGAUGGCGUUGAGCCUUGUGACCUUGGUUGGCCAAAAUUUGUUUUAUGCUCCCUUGCCAGUGUGAGUGUUUUGCCUUUUACGGGCUUUGUGUUCUCAGUCUUAUCCUAGAGACUGUUAUCCCGGCAGGGCAUGACUUGUAAUUAGUUAGUAAGACUUGUAAUUGACUAAAUUACUUGCUCUGAGCCUUUCGUUCUUGCUGGAUGAACACUGCCAUAUGGAGCCACCAGCUCCAUCCAUGUUUUUACUGUAUUACAAAGUUUGACUAACUUUACACAUUUAAAAAAUGCUGAUUAUAUUCAUUUAAAUUAUAAUUUUACCUAUUUCCUGACAUCUAAUCCCUAUAUAUUUCUAUUAUUUAAAAAUUAAGAAAUGAAAAUUUGCUAUUAACAAUAAAAUUUUUUAACGUA